ACAUGAGAUGCUGGAGUCCAGGCCUAAAUUGCCUAAUCAUACGGACCAAGAACAAAGUUCUCCAACUCCGGAUUCGAAAGAGUUUAGCGAAGACGAUUUCAACACUGCCUUUGAGAAACAAAAAAAUGCCAAAAGUUCAACAUCAGUCGACGCGAUCGAUAGCAGCGGAUAUUCAAGUGCUUCAACGUUUUACACUGCUACGAAAGAGCGAACCGUCGUUUCCGGCUUUUAUUUUCCGUCCUACGAGGACAACUCGCCAACUAUGUUAUAUCAGAAACGUGGUCUGAACCCAGAACAUGAAAGCAGGAUUAAGAGAAAUUUCCGAUAUCUAAAAGAAGAGCUAGAUGUCGACUGUGGACUACUUGAUCACUUCAUUCAGGAAAAUAUCUUCACCAACGAUCAGGUGGAGUCGAUCAUUUCAGCAGGUUCAAGACGUCGUAAAAGUGACUGUCUCCUCCGUAUGCUUCUGCGAUGUAAAGAAAAUGCAUAUGCUCAGUUUAUGGAUUUUUUAACAGCGACGAAAUGUGGACACAUUCGAGAAGUUCUUGAAUCCGAAACAAAACAAAAAAGAUUAGAUUUUGGAACCUGUACAGUUCUCGAUUCUUUCAAAGCACUCAAUGCUAUAGUAACGCAUAAAGCCGAAAUCAUCGACCAGCUUGAGCCAGACAAUAUUGUCGACUUCUUCAUACAAUACGAAGAGUUUACUAUUGAUGAGUAUGAAUGCAUUAUUUCCCAGUUAACUCGGAGAAAUAAAGCAGAAAAACUAAUGGAAAUACUAACGACUGGAAAUCACAUGCCACAAGGUUACCACAUACUUUUGAAAGCAUUGAACGACACUGAAGAGCAGUAUUUACUGCAACUGCUUUCACUGAAUAAUGAAAAUAAACCAGCACCAAACGUUCAGGAGAUCACAGAGCAUACCCCUAUUAUUAUGUUUCCAGAGAGCGAACAUUUUCCAUCAGAAGAUGACAACGAAGUCCUGAUAAAAACGACAAUCAUUGCAAAGAUAAAAAAUUGGAAUGAUGGGAAAAGGCAAAAGAAACAAACAGAAGAAUAUGUUGUUGACGCAGUAAACAUGGAUAACGUGGAGUUUGAAAUAAACGAUGUACUCUUUUCGGACACUCGGUGUUUGAUUAAAAGUGUAGACAAAGGAAGUAUCAUCAUUCGAGUCAAGGGUUGUGGACAUGGCUCGUUAAAACAACUGAUGGACAGUGGAUAUAAAAAAGGUUUGGAAAGGGUCCUAAAAGUAAUCUAUUCACAUCCAAAGGUGCAUAAAUAUGUUGGAAGAGAUGCUAUUCUUGUCACAGAUGUAGAAUAUCUUCAAACAGUGAAUGAGGACAAAAUCAAAGAAAAGAAAUUUUCUUGUAAAGAAAUCGUUUCAACAAAUCGUGCUUUUCUUGUCGAAGAACUUGAUCCAAUUAUCUUUAUGCAACUUGAUAUGUUUACAAAGGGAGAAGCAGAAGCGGUUCGUAUUGAGCGAGUCUCGUCUCGAGCUAAAGCUACAAGACGUAUGAUAGAGAUUGUUUUAGCUAAAACAGAAGAUGAAGUUCGUAAAUUCAUGACCGAAAUCAAGCUAAGGAAAGAAUUUGUCUGGAAACAUAUUUGUCCCAAAGAAUUUCAAGAUGAUUCUGAAGAAGCGUUGAUUUCGGGUUAUGAAAUCUUGGUGGAAAACAUUUGCCCAUCCUUAAUAUCUGAUUAUUGCAUUGAAAAGGGAUUACUACCGAACUAUAUGCAAUUUGUUUCGACGGCACGACCAAGAAGUGUUCGCGCAAAAUUCAUUCUCCAAGAAAUUAUGAAGAAAGGACAUGUUGAAAGGAAUGUCUUUUGGAGCAUUGUUUCAACAUUUGAAGAUUGUUUGGACACUUGCUUGUCUGAAAAGAAAGGACGCGAGAUGACAUCACCGCAAGUCCAGGAGGAACACGGGGAAGAAAUCGGACUACAGACUAUGACAAUAUAUCCAUUCCCGAUAUUAAAAGCACAUGAUGCAAGCAUAUCUUUAGAGAUUGGUAACUUUAAAAAGUCAACUCAAAUUGACCAGAAACAAGGACAUGAAGACCACAGGCCCAAGUACAAAACUGAAAUUAACAUAAUUGGCGAAGCAACGUAUGUGUCGACGUCAGUAGUCGUUCAGGAAACAGAAUGUGAAGAUGGAGAUAAGUGUGUAAAAAACGAGAAUGACACUGAAAGCGGUUAUGAAUCGCUGUCGCUGAACCGACGAACAGAAAUGCUUGAGCGAUUUUCAAUGCCAGUGUGAAAAGCGUGACUCUGGCAGGUGGAGGUGAAGAUGAGCAAAAUAAAUCUUAUGUCCAAGUUACUUGUAACAUAGG